AUGCUGUAUGUCUUUAGAAUUCUAGAAGAUGGUGAUUUGCAAACACUUAGGUUGUUGAAUUAUGACAAGAGGUUGUCCCAUUCUUUCACUGCUCACCUGAAAGUCGACCCUUUUACUAAUGAGAUGUUUACCUUUGGUUAUUCGCAUGAUCCACCAUAUGUUACUUAUCGAGUAAUUACUAAGGAUGGUGUCAUGCUUGAUCCAGAACCAAUAAAAAUAUCAGAACCUGUCAUGAUGCAUGACUUUGCCAUCACUGAAAACUACAAAAUCUUCAUGGAUCUGCCUCUGUACUUCAGACCAAAGGAAAUGGUGAAGGGUGGGAAGCUAAUCUUCUCAUUUGAUGCAACAAAGAAAGCUCGCUUUGGUGUACUCCCACGAUAUGCAAAAGAUGAGCUUCAAAUCAGAUGGUUUGAGCUCCCAAAUUGCUUUAUCUUCCAUAAUGGUGAUUUUUCUUUCUUUCCUUUAACAGACCAACAACAAUGUCUUGGUAAACAUUUCAAGCAUACUAUGCCUGAUUUGCAUUUUGCAUCAUAA